AUGAAACUCAAAAAUCCCUUCAAGUCCAGCAAGUGGAAUGCCAGUUCUAAGAACAAUGAUGGAGAGGCCCCCGUAGCUGCCAAGAAGGACGACGAACACAGCGUCUUCUCCGCAUCCACCAUUAACACAGCUUCUUUGUCUGCUUCCAGCAAAUCAGGUAGAAGUCAUGAAAAGAAAAAGAAAGGCUCCAGUGGCAAGAAGUCUAAGAGCAGCAAGACCAAGCCACCUUCAUCCAUUCCACAAGAAGUGGAGGAAUUCAAAACAGCCAAUGAAACUGUUGUAGCUGGACUCAUUGAUGUGAUAAAUGGUCAUGGGACUGCUGAAGAAAUGGCAAGCUUCUUCAAAUCUGGUGAUAUCCGAGUCAAGUUUGAAGAUGCUCCCAGCAUUACAGCUGCCAUGUUUACUGGAGUAGUAAAGAUGCUUCAUGGGAGUUUCCCUGACUUUCGCUUGCAAUACGAGUCCAUCAAGGAAGACAGGUCUGGAGUGGUUCUUGUAGAGGAGCUCCGUGCAAGUGGCACUCACACUGGAGAGCCAUUUGGCUUUGCUCACUUUCCUCCCAUUCCAGCUAGCCACAAGCAUGUCAUUAAUGAUCCAGAGAGGAUGUGGUUCAAGGUCAGGGAUGGCAAAAUUGUUGACAUAGAAUGUCUUUCUCUUGGAGACCUUACUGGUCCUCCUGGCUUUUACCUUCAGUUGGGUGGCAAAAUGGAUAUGCCACCGCCAUCAGAAGAUUGA